AUGCAUUUGACUCUUGAAUUUGCUGGUGGUGCAGAAUUAUUAUUUGGAAAACAAAAAAAUCAUUCAAUUGAUUUACCAGAUAACAAUUCAUCAUGGACUAUUCGAACGUUACUUGUAUGGAUACGUGAAAAUCUUCUUCGUGAACGUCCAGAAUUAUUUAUUCAAGGUGAUUCAGUUCGACCUGGAAUUUUAGUUCUUAUAAAUGAUAUCGAUUGGGAAUUAUUAGAUGGUCUUAAUUAUCAAUUAAAAUCAAAUGAUAAUAUUUUGUUUGUUUCUACAUUACAUGGAGGAUAA